GAAUCUAAAUGACACUGAACGUGUAUGCGUGUUUUUACAGAUUCUUUUCACUGUUCAAUUAAAAGAAAAAUGCCGCUGCAAAUAAGAAACGUAAUGAUAAAGGUUGGUUUCCUGCGUUGACAGUGGAAUUCGCGUAUUAUCGUAAAUAACUCUCAAUAUAAGAUGUUCGAAAUGAACGCCGCAGAGCCUAUGCAGGUAGAUGUUCCGCUGGAAGACAAUGAAAACAAUGAAUCAGAGUGCUAUGUUGUUGAAAAUCCCACCUUGGACCUCGAAACUUACGCUUCAGCUUACACAGGUUUUGCCAAGUUGUACAGAUUAAUGUUUGUAGCAGAUCAUUGUCCCUCACUGAGAUUAGAAGCUCUCAAAAUGGCUAUAUCCUAUGUCAUGACAACAUAUAAUGUAAGUCUUUAUCAGUCUUUACACAAGAAGCUAGCAGACGCAAUAGCUAGUGCAGGCCUGCCAGAUAUAGCAGUGCAAAUGGGCUCUCAGGAUAUCCCAGUUUUAGAUACCAUAUGGGUUGAAUCAAAGACUAAAAAGGCGGCGAUAAAACUGGAAAAAUUAGACACUGAUCUUAAAAACUAUAAAACUAAUUCUAUCAAAGAAAGCAUCCGGAGAGGGCAUGAUGACCUAGGGGACCAUUAUUUGGAUUGUGGUGACUUGACAAGUGCAUUGAAGUGCUAUUCCCGAGCCAGAGACUACUGCACAAGUGGAAAACACAUUAUCAUGAUGUGUCUCAAUGUAGUUAAGGUGUCUGUAUACUUGCAGAAUUGGGCUCAUGUUCUUAAUUAUGUAUCAAAGGCUGAGAGCACACCUGACUUCAGUGAAAUACCUGGUAAAGAUACUAACCAAACCAUCCUGACUCGUUUAAAAUGUGCUGCUGGACUUGCAGAACUGGCUACGAAAAAGUACAAGUCUGCCGCCAAACACUUUUUGGCGGCCAGCAUUGACCAUUGUGACUAUCCAGAACUACUUAGUAGCAACAAUGUUGCCAUCUAUGGAGGACUCUGUGCACUGGCUACAUUUGAUCGCUCUGAGCUUCAAAAGCAAGUCAUAGUUAGCAGUUCUUUUAAAUUAUUUUUAGAACUAGAACCGCAGUUACGUGACAUAAUAUUUAAAUUUUAUGAAUCCAAGUAUGCUUCAUGCUUAAGGUUACUUGAUGAGAUAAGGGAUAAUUUGUUGUUAGAUAUGUAUUUAGCACCACAUUUGAAUUCUUUGUACAUGCAAAUACGCAACCGAGCUCUGAUCCAGUACUUCAGUCCAUACUUGUCAGCUGACAUGCACUUGAUGGCAGCAGCCUUUAACCGUACAGUGACUGCGCUCGAAGAUGAGCUGAUGCAGCUUAUUCUGGAUGGCCAAAUUCAAGCACGCAUUGAUUCCCACAACAAAAUUUUGUAUGCCAAGGAUGUUGAUCAGAGAAGCACAACUUUUGAGAGAAGUCUCACCAUGGGGAAAGAAUAUCAGAGAAGAACUUCUAUGUUAAUCCUCCGUGCUGCAAUGCUCAAGAAUCAGAUACAUGUCAAGAACAUUUGUCGUGAGACGGGACCUCAAAGCGGAGAAGCACCAGGCUCCAGCACUAGCUUGACUCACCGCACUAUUGACACUGUGCCCUUGUCAUGAACUUACUCGUAAGAUGAUAGAUUCUAACGUUUUUACAUGACAAUCGCAAUUACACUCACAUGAAGUGCAAAAUGCAAGUCAGUCUGUAAAUUUUGAGGAAUUAUAUAGAUAUGAUUCAAAGUCGAAGUUUUCAGUUGAGAUUAGAUAUUCGAUUGCUCUCAUUCAUGGGCGUAGGCAGGCAGUGUUGGCCGAACGUUAAUUGCCAUUACAAAUUGAACCGUAACGGGCGGUUACAGUUUACGGUUCAAUUUGUAAUGGUAAUGGUCAAUUGCAGUAACGUUUCGGCCAACAUUGUAGGCAGGUACAGGCAGCUGCCCACCCUGUAGCUCCUAUUUUACAUAGGCCUCCGGUAGUAUCAACUCCCCCCCCCCCGAUAGUUCACUGACUGUUGACUGUUGCUGCCUUUUGACAAAUACGCGUACAUAAGAAAUACAAGUAUAAUUAAUAAUAAUAAGGCAUAGAGGCACUUCUACUACAGAAGACUAAAUUACAGAGCAGCAGCGCAACAGUCUCAGCACCAUUGUUUGAAACUGUUAAUCUUUAAGUUUAGUCCUCUAUGGGCACACUUUAUAGGAAGUAUGGUACGGAUGGAGUGUUUCUAAACCUUAACUUUGACAUUCUAAGUAGGCGUACUUUUCCCAUCUGCUCAUCAAUAUAAUUUGUAACUGCAUUGCCAUGUAAAACCUAACUUGUUUGAAAAAACACCUUUUGUAUACUAAAAUACCUGCUUAUGUUUUUUGUUUAAUGAGAUGAAGUAGGCUCUGUGGUUAAAGCAAUAGUGCAAAUUGCUAUAUUUGAUUUAAGUAAAAUGUUUUAUCGGCGAUCACAAAACUUAACAGCUGGUGCAUUUCUCAACAUUGUUUAUACUGAAUUAUUCUAUGUAACCACAAAAUAUUAUGUCUACGUAAUUUUUAAUAUAAUUAAAAAGUAA